AAUGAUUCGCAUAUAAUGAUAUACUCGUGUAUUCAUCAUUCUCCUUUUUAUGUAGUCUCAGCACUUCGAACAUCACGGACAAAAUAUAUACGUGUCUUUGAUCCUGCAUUUUUUGUGAUUACGUACCCUUCACACGUACUGAGACUGUCUGAGGCUGGGUACUACUGCUACUUUUCCUACUACCGCCGCCGUUACUACUGUACCUACUAUAGUAGAUACUACUACUACUACUACUCUUAUUACGACAGCAGUGCUGGAGCGAUUGCGGGGGCGGUGAUCGGGGGCAUCAUUGGUCUAUUGCUCAUCAUCACGUGCAUUACCUGUCUCAUUGUACAACUGUGUAAGAAGAAAUCUCACGGCCAAGUAAUCAUCCAUCCUUCAGGACAGUCCUCAAAUGUAUCCUACGUCAAUACGUAUCAAAACAAUGGAUUGUAUACAAGUGGACCGUACGUGACUGUCAGCGGAUGCCAGUACGGAGUAGUUCCGUCCGCCCCUCCGCCCCCACCCUACGCACCUAAUCCUCCUCCCUACAGUCCUCCCCCGGCGUUCCAUUUUUCUCAGCCAGAAGGGGUGUCUUAAUCACGGUGAUGUCAUGAUCGGCACAAAAAUUACAAAAUAUCUCAUACAAGUUAGCUUCAUAACGGACUAUGAAUUCAAAUGAUUGUGUGUUUCUGUGUAUUAUCAUGCGUUGUCUUCUUUGUGUUUAAAAGUGUACACCGUAUGGUAGCUGAUAUCUUGAACACUUUAGGUAUGUUGAUGGUGUAAAAAUGAGACCAUUUCAGACUGUUGAAAUGUUUUCUUUAGUUUUAUUUUCCUUUUUUUCUUCUUCUUUUUUUUCAACAGUUAAACCUGAUCUUGAUCUUGACCUUUUCAAAUGACCUUGUUAGGGUUUCAACGUAUCUUGUUCAUGAACUGUUAUUUAUUUUUAAAACACUUCGGGGUUUUUUUUUGGGGGGGGGGUGUUUUUUUUUGGGGGGGGGUUGGGGUUUGGUUUUUUGGUUUGUUUGGUUUUUUUUGAUUUUUUGUUGGGUUUUUUUUUCACGUUACAAAUAUAGCUCUAUUCAUCUCGUUGAAAAUAUAUCAUUAAGAAUUUAGUUUAAAAUUAUCAGCAAACUGAAAGCUGCAUUCAGCGCGGUACGCACACGUGUCCAAAAUCUGUUUGUUUUCAAUAUUUACUGUUAGAGGUUUUGUUUCAUUGUUUUACCUUACUGCAUUCUCAUUGUAUUCUUGUUGUUGUUUUACCUUAGAGAUCUAAUUGCGUUGAAAUAAAACGUUUUAAUAAAAACA